UCCGCUACGGUCACUCCAGUUUCAAAAUUCGACGGAAAAAAUCGUGGAAAAAUUUGCGGACGGAAAUUUCGUCGGCUUGCGAGAAAAAAAACACAAAACAAAGGUGUUGCGUUGCGUGUGUGCGGGAGUGAGCGAACGCGAAAAAAAGAGAGAGGAACGGAAUCAUGGCGAGUGUUUUUUUAUAAUCUAAUUUCCACAACACUCUCCACAUAAUCGUAAAUGAAGCUAAAAUAUUCUCUUUUAAUUUGGCAUAAAUUGUAUUUGUCUUGAAAAAAAAGUAUAUUAUUGUAAAUAUAUUCUCUUCGUAUAAAAUUUUACUUAGAAAAAGUCCAAAAGUUGAAAUUAAAUUGAAAUUUCAAGGGAGUCACUCGAAAUUAGCCAGUGAUCCAACACGUUUUGUGCAUAGUUUGUAAGGAGUCGGAAAAGGCGAACGGAAAACCCAGAAAACCAAAUGCAAGCCAACUGAGUGCGAGGGAGAGAGCCGACCACGCCAGAGCGGGAUAGCAUGCGCCAAUGAAAACGUCGCACCAUUCAAAAGCGUCCGAUUUCGUUGACUACGCCGUUGCCGGGGGCGGGGGAUCCGGAUUCUGUCCGGGAUUAGGAGCGGGAUUAUCAGCCAGGGCGGCGUCCUUCUACGGCGAUCUAACGGUAACGGCAACUGCGGACGGGGCGCGUCAUCAGCAGCAGCAGCAACAGCAGCAACAACAACACCAGCAACACUCGCUGCGUCAACCUGCAACAUCGACAUCAUUAUCAUCAUCUGCGGCAGCAACCAGCAAGCGAAAACGUCAGACAGAUUGUGAUUGCGGCUGUGUGGACUCAUACAAUUCCAACCACGGCCCGCCAGUGCAGCAGGACUCGUCAGCAGCAGCGGGAGCAGGAGCCGGAUCAAGAUCAGACGGAACAGGGCCCAUCAGCAGCCUCAAGACGGCGCACACAAAGGUCGCCACCUCGGGGGGUCAUGCCAACACGCAGCCCCCCAGCAAAAGGUCGAGCAGUGGAGCGGAUGGCGACUACCAGCUGGUGCAGCACGAGGUGCUCUAUUCCCUAUCAGCGGAGUAUGAGGUCCUGGAGUUCUUGGGACGCGGCACCUUUGGCCAGGUGGUCAAGUGCUGGAAGCGGGGCACUUCCGAGAUCGUGGCCAUCAAGAUCCUGAAGAACCAUCCAUCGUACGCGCGACAGGGCCAGAUAGAGGUCUCGAUCCUUUCGCGUCUGAGCCAGGAGAAUGCCGACGAGUUCAACUUUGUGCGGGCCUUUGAGUGCUUCCAGCACAAGAACCACACCUGCCUAGUCUUCGAGAUGCUGGAGCAGAACCUGUAUGAUUUCCUCAAGCAGAACAAGUUCUCGCCGCUGCCCCUCAAGUACAUAAGGCCCAUUCUGGAGCAGGUAUUGACAGCCCUGUUGAAGCUGAAACAACUGGGUCUGAUCCAUGCCGACCUGAAGCCCGAGAACAUCAUGCUGGUGGACCCAGUGCGUCAGCCCUACCGCGUCAAGGUGAUCGACUUCGGUAGCGCCUCUCACGUGAGCAAAACUGUGUGCAACACGUACCUGCAGUCGCGGUACUAUCGUGCCCCCGAGAUCAUCCUGGGCCUUCCUUUCUGCGAGGCGAUCGACAUGUGGUCACUGGGCUGUGUGGUGGCGGAGCUCUUCCUGGGCUGGCCGCUGUACCCGGGUAGCUCGGAGUUCGACCAGAUCCGCUACAUCUCGCAAACGCAGGGACUGCCUACGGAGCACAUGCUGAACAGCGCCUCGAAGACCUCGAAGUUCUUCUACCGCGACGUGGACUCCACGUAUCCCUUCUGGCGCCUAAAGACCACCGAGGAGCACGAGGCAGAGACCAAUACCAAGAGCAAGGAGGCGCGCAAGUACAUCUUUAACUGUCUAGAUGACAUUGGACAGGUGAAUGUGCCCACUGAUCUGGAGGGAGGCCAGUUGCUGGCUGAGAAGACGGACAGGCGGGAGUUUAUCGAUCUGCUGAAGCGCAUGCUAACCAUCGAUCAGGAGCGGCGUCUCACGCCUGCGGAGGCCUUGAGCCAUUCGUUCACGCGGUUGACCCAUCUGGUUGACUAUGUCUACUGCAACAAUGUCAAGGCAUCCGUGCAGAUGAUGGAGGUGUGUCGCCGCGGCGAUUUCCACACAGUGCAACCUGCGUCGACGCUGGUGACCAACUUCGUGCCCUCGAGCACGGAGAACAUGACGUUUACGAUCAACAACCAGUUAACCAGCCAGGUGCAGCGCCUCGUUCGCGAUGGCCGCCCUCUGGCGUACGAGGGACUUUACCAGAUCUACAACGGACGUAGUGUGGCCCGGCAGUAUCCGCAGGCACGGACGGACAGCUUCCAGCACCAGUUGGUCUCGAACAUCCUGUGCCCGCCCUCUUACCAGACGAUGCCCAGUCCGACGAAGCAUGUGGUGGUGGGCAGUGCCACCAUGCAGCCACCGUUGCAGGUGCCGCCGCAGCAGUACGUCAAUGUGCCCGUACCGGUUUCCAUGGUGGAGCCAACCUCUGGCCAGAGAAUGCUGCUGACGAAUCGGGUGCAGGCCAGCGGAGUUGCCUGGCCUCAGACCGGAAGGCAGAUGGCUUUGGUCCCGUCGUGGCCCCAGCAGGCGCCCGCCCACUCGCUCAUCGUCGACUCGACGCCUCUUUUUAAUGUGGAGGAGAUCUACCCCAAGCACCAUCUCAACUUGCCACGCAACGAUCUCAAGAAGGAGUCGCCGGCUCAUCACAUAGCCAAGGGCAACUCUUAUCGCGUGCCGCGCCACGAGAAGAAGGAGCACCAGCAGCUGUCGCCGGUGAAGAAGCGGGUGAAGGAGAGCUCGCCGCCCCACCAGCAGCGGUACCAGCGGACCGCCCACGUUUCGCCGCAGUACCACACGCACCACAACUGCAAUUACGGAAACGGCGGUGGCUACAGCACCAGCGCAGGAUCGGUGGUGGCCUCGUCGGCUGCCUCCGCUAGCAACAUUGUGAACGGAAGCUCGUCCAGCUCGCACCACCACCACGUACCCGUCGCUCAUGCCCAGCCCUACAGCACCUCCUCGGGCCACCACAUCGUAAGCAACUGCAACGCCAACGGAGGAGCAGGAGGAGCAGUGGUUUACCAACAGCCACCGGCCCAUGCCCACCAGCAGCACCCGCAUGGCCAGCAGCCGCAUCCUCAGAAUCCACAGCAUUUGCAGCAUGUAAAGCAGCCAACCAUCACCAUCCAUGACACGCCCUCGCCCACGGCUGUCAUUACAAUCUCCGACAGCGAGGACGAGGGCGGCGAGGGUGGAGGAGCCCAGGUGCCGGUGCUUAAGCAGCGGGCGCAUGCCCAGUCGCAGACGAGCAGCAGUCUGCUGCAGAAUGCGCCCAGCUCCUCUUGCAGUAGGAGCAGUGCCCACCAUCAACCGCUUCCACAUCCCCAGCAGCAGCAACAGCAACAGCAGCAGCAGCAGCAGAUCACUUAUGGUAAUGCCCAGACUCAGAAUUCGAACCAAAACCAACUGGGAAGCAACAGCGGCAAGGGUAGCCAGCAUAGCAGUAGCCAUAGCAGUAACAGUAGCCACAGUAGCAGUAGUCACCACCACCACCACCACCCUCAUCAUCUGAAUCCGUCUCAUCAUCUGAAUCCGCCUCAUCAGCCAGCAAGUGGAAGUGGAAUAGGAACGGGAACGGGAUCGGCAGCGGGAUCGGGAUCGCAGCUUCAGCAUCAGCUUCAAUCACAGCCUCCGACUCAUUCACAGCCGGCGACGCAUCCUCAUUACCAAGCCACGCCCACGUCCUCCUCCACGUCUGCUUCCACUUCCAGUCACCAUCAGCAUCACCCCCAUCAUCCCGCCCCCGCCUCUUCCUCCUCUGCCAUGUCCUCCUCAUCCGUUCAGUUUGGUGCCCCUGUCCUCUGCCCCAGCUCCUCCCAAUCUCAAUCUCAGUCGCAUCUCAGUCGCCAUAAGUCAUCGCACGUCCAGCUAGUAAUUCCAUGCGUAACCGUAGGUGACCACGAUCCAGAGGAUGCCCGUCGACGUCAUCAUGCCGCCGCCGCAGCAGCCGUGGGAAGUCCCAAGCAUCACCAUCAGCAUCAGCAGCAGCCUGCUCCUCCCCCACAGCAGCAGCAGCAGCAGCAGCAGUACCAGCCGCAGCCACCACCGCAGCAGGUGCUGCCCCAGCCGCAGCCGAGCAUCAAGUACGAGCCUGGCCAGUCGCAGAAGAAACGCAUCUUGGCCAUGGCCCAGAGCGAGUGUGGCUACCAGCCGCAGGUCCCCAGCCAGCCGUCAUCCUCUGCUAGCUUGCCGCACAUUCCUACGAAACAGGAGCCGGCUGAGUUCUAUCCAGAGUAUGCAGCUGCACCGCCACAGCAAUUGGACACGAAGCGCUCCUCCUGGGCACCCACAUCUUCGGGAGCGGGAAUAUCCGCUCUGCCGCUGGCCCAUCCAAAGCGAGAGGCUCCUUCGGUGGCUCCAAUCAGCUAUGUGGCGCCGUCGGUGGCUCCACCGCUUGCUCACUCCAAGAGCAGCUCCACAUCAUCAUCCUCGUCGAUCAGUGCAGCCGCUGCAGCGGCGGCUGCUGCAGCUGCUGCGGCGGCAGCCAGUGUGGGCCCUCCAUCGUGGGGUCCUCCACAGGUCUAUCGCCAGCCAUCGCAGCCACCUCCAGGCAGCGUGGGACUGCCAGGAGCCACGCAGCCGCCGACGUCGGCUGUGGCCCCGCAUCCCCACCAUCACAGUCAUGCCCAUCAUCAUCACCAGACUGGAACACCGCUGGGCGGAUCGCCAUCCUCGACGGCGGCGGCCGCUUUGUUGCAGCCGGAUAUUUAUGCGCAGGGCGACAUCUACCGCCGUCCCACGGUGUUCGUGUCGCAGGCGGCGCCCAGUUAUGCCUACGCCAACCGGGCAGUGGUUGCCCCACCUCCGGCCCACAACAGCUCCAGUCGUCAGGUGAUUCCAUCACACCCGCUGCCGGCGCACAUCCAGAUUCCCACCCAGUACAGCCAGUUUGGACCGCUCAGUCCUGCCCAGGUAGCCGCCAGCAAACACGCGGCGCACUUUGCGCCCACCAACAUAUGGUAUGGGGCUGAGUAGGCCGACGAAGGGAGUUGACGGGGAGAGGGGCGAUGAGGAAAGACGCGGGACGAGGAUGAGCAUCCACCCAGAACCAAGAACCAAGAACCAAGAACCACCAAACCACACACCGCACACCACCACCACUGUUGUUAUGAUCUUGAGCUAGAGCCAGAUCGAAUGAUUCAACGCUCGAAAUAUAUUUUAUUCCAUUCCCAGAUCGUUUGUGGCCUCGGGCGAGGCAGGUGAGAAUCCGGAGCAGAGCCAAGAGUUGCAGCAACAGCAGCAGCAGCUGCAGCUGACUCAAUGCUGGUGGUUCAUGCUGCUCAUGCAGCAGACCAUCAUCCACAACAACUCCAUGCUGCAGGCUGGCAGCGAGGAGACCGCAGCAGCAGCAGCAGCAGCAGCAGCAGCGACAGCGGCAGCAACAGAAACAGACACAUCCUCAGACACGGCAUCCACAACACGUAAAUCACGCCGCCAUCAUUAUUAAGCCAGUCCCAGUCCACGUCCCCAACCUCGUCGCCAGUUCUCAGUUAGUUUUUUCGAGAUCCCGAAGGAUCUCAUUCACUGAUUACCAUUUCUCCUACUAUUAAUUUUUAUUAUUUUUUUAAAUAAUUAAUUAAUUAAAAAUAAAUGUACAGCACUCCUACACGCAGCUGGGUGUACAGUGCUCAGGCUAACUUUAGCAAGUUGUGGUAUUAAGCACAGCGCCACUCCCACACCCACACCCACACACACACUGCAGCUACAGCUACAGCUACAGCUUCUUUGUCCUCGAAGUAUGCAAAUUGGAGGCAUAUCGAGUUAUAUUCUUUUUUUUUUUUUUUUCGAAACAAGCGUUUUAUUAAUGUGUGUUGUGUGUUUUAUUGAUAAUUCCUCAUAAUAUUCUCUAUAAUCCACUUAUAUAUUAUAUACAUGCAUAUGUAACACUAUUAUUAUGAAUACUAUAUAUCAACCAGAGAGCGAGGAAACUAGAGUUUACGGCACGCCGACAGCUGCAACUUAGGCCAGCGGCCAGUAAGAGAAAGCUUCGAAAUUCCCUAGCAAGUACCUCAGAAAUUGAAAACUUAGCAGCAGCAGCAAAAGCAACUUCAAACAGAUAAAUAAACACAUUGUUAUGCAAUUUGCCUUUUACACAAACAAGCAACAAAAAAACAAAUUGAAAAGAUAAUGAUGAUGAUAAUGGAGAUGAAUAUGAAGAUGAUGUAACGAUGAACAUUGUAAAGCAGGAGUAGAGUUAGAGGAGGUUAAUAGAGAACCACAACAAAUUGAAUACCGCAAAAACCUUACUAGCAAACAAAAAAGCAAAUAAUGAACUACCCUAGGAGAUAUCAACAAAGAAAGCCUAACAAUUACAUAGCUCAUAGACAUAGACAUAGAGGAUAGAACAAAGAACGUUUUUUACACACUCGUAACUCACUCAUAGGAAUAGCCGCGAAAGAAUUACAAAUACGAUUAACGAUUACCAAUUAACGAUUAACGAUUAACGAUUAACAGAUAACAAUUCUAAAUUAUGUUUAACGAGCAACAACAAAUAAUUAUAGGAACAAAAAGUGUACAUAAUACGCAUACAUAUAUCGAUACUAAAACUAGAGCCCGACUAAGACCCGAUUUUAUCAGCGCAAGUUAUUGAAAUCAGGACAGCGAAGCCAGUUAGUACGUUUAUCGUUUAUCUUUUAGACUUCACCCUUCCCUGUUUUAGCCCCGUGUAUCUGGGUCCCAGAACAAGAUCUGCAUCUUAGUUAUACUUUCGCCGAGGGGAGCGCAGGAGAAAGUUUACUGAAGUACAAAACCAAACAGAAAUAAGAAGCAAUCUAGCAGUUUAGGCUUUUACAGUUUGCCCCCAGUACAACCCCUCGUUUUAGGCUUCCCCCCAGAGAAGAAUCUGUAAUAUAGAAUGCAAUUUUGAUAUGUACAAACCUGGCUUACUUUAACACGCCCACUAAAUCCUAUAUAUAAAGUAUAAACUAAAUCUUGUUAAAUAGGUUUCCUAAAGUAUUUCGUAGUUAGACUUAAACUCUUAACUUGUCGCAUAUUAACUAACCAAGCAGCAGCAACUAAUUUUACAUCCCCUCAAGGUCGACUUAUCAGAGAUCUUGACCUCUUGACUUCUUGAUAAAUCGGCCUUCAGAGGCUGUCACUUCCUACAUAUAUAAAGAAUGCAUUCUGAUACUGAUACAGAGCAGAAGUGAAUCUAACCAUCCUCCGCCCCCUCCUAGUUCAGCUGUGUACAGUUAGCGAUUUCGGGAUCGGGAUCGGAAUCGGAAUAGGGAUGAAUUAACUCCGACAAAAGGAUAUAGCAUAUAAUUAUUGUGAUGUAGUUUUUAACAAGCGCGAACGUUUUUGUCAGUGUCGUCGUCGUCGUUGGCGAGUAGAAAUUACCUAAAAUUAUGAAUAACCAAUUGCGAUACGGAUACGGAAUAUGCAUCUAUAUGUUAACUAAUUAAUGUGCAGGAUUCAAUAGCAUUAGCACGACAACAAAUCGUUUUUUUAACCAAGUAAUUAACUUUUUAACAACCGAGAAAUAACAGUUUUUGUAGUAGGAACAAGGAAAACCAACCGUAGCAUGCAUAGGCGUAAUUAAGAAACGUUAGUGUUGUGAAUAUAUACGAGUAAAAACAAAAACAAAAACAACCAACAAAUAUAGACAACUAGACAUAUAGACGUGGUUCGAGUACAUUUAUAUUAUGGAUAUAUAUAUAUAUAUUUUGUGUAUAAACAAUAAGGGCAACCAGCAGCUAACAAUUGUAAAUGUAAUUGUGAGAAACGAAGAAGCACAGCUCGACGGAUUUAAGAUCGAAGAUUGAAGAUUGAAGAUUCUUGUUUGAAGUCGAGGGAGAGCGAGAGGGAACCUUAUCUAGAUGAUAGACACUAGACAUAGAUGUAUUCAAGAAGUUCUUUUUUUAUAGAAAUUUUAUGGACCAUUCAACUAAAGUAUAUAGUCAAAUAAGCAUGGAUAUUGAAUAACAACAGCUGUGUGUUUCCGAUUUGUGUUUCUUGUCCUGCACCCGCUCAGUGUGCAACUUACAUUAUAUAUAUAUAUUAUAUAUUAUAUAUGCUAGAAAUCUGCGAGGGCAGAUAACUUUUCUUCACUUUCUACUCAAUGUUUAGGAGCAUCAAAAAGAAAGCAAACCGAAAAGCAAAAACAAGAAAACAAAUCAAGAACGCUUUAAAUGUAACAAAAACGAAACGUUAAUAGACUUAUGAAAACAACAUACAAAUUAAAUUUAUAUUAAACGACAAAUUCAAUUUAUAUAUUACAAACGACAAAUUACAUUUCUAUUUAAAAACAAAAACAAAAACAAGCAAAUUAAACUUAUAUUAAACACACUCACACACACAGGUGGGCCGAGUCGGUAGCUGACUUUUGCGGCCCACUGUCGGAGGAUUUGUAUUUAAGAGGGGUGGGGAGAUCCACACACACACACACACUAUACAUACGUAUAUAGUAUAUAUAUUUAAAUGAGAAAUGUUUUAACUGUGUAGCCUUAAUAUUUGUACUCGUCGUCCUCUCGAUUUCCGACAGAAUAUGAAGAUAUACGAUAUACUAUAGAGCGAUAAAGCUGAUCGGUGUUUACUAAAUAUUUAAUAUGUACUUGUUUAAUCAUACUGAGGAUGAGUUGCCUUUACCUUACUAUUUACUAUUUACUAUUUUAACCAUUUAAAUGUACUUUAAUUUACUUUGUUUCUUCGCUUAACUUGUUUAAAAACGGAACAUAGCCACACAUAUACCGUAUAUAUUGCUUACUAUUACCAGAUUUACAUAUGCUUAUAUUUACUUAUGUCCUACAGAAUACAGAAAUCAUAAAUAUAUAUAAACAUAUAUCUUAA